AUGGCAGAGGGGGAACCCGAUAAACCCAGUUUAGCAAAGUGGGGAGAAACGUCAACUCCGAAAGCGGCCCGUUCGCCGCCCUGCCUAGGCCUCUGGUUGCUAAGCGACCGCGACGCCCUCGCUCCCUACGUCCAGAUCUGUGAAUACAUAACUACGCACGCGGGAAAAAAACCCUCUACGAGGUGUCGCCGAAGUCCGAUUGAGCGCAAAUGUCGUAAUUCCCGCAAGUGGCGGCUGGGCAGGAUGUGUCGUGGUGGGGAGGCCAGGCGAGAGAGAGGUGGUAGCCCUCAAAUGCCAGUCUCUGCAGCCCGCGCUGCCCCUGCGGGAAACCCAGACAGCUUCCUCCCCACUGGCGCCUACCAAAUUCUUUGGACUACAAUUCCCAUCAGCCCCAGCAAGCACUGCGGCGGUCUCACCAGCCCUGUGCUCGCUGAGGCUGAUGGGAGUUGUAGUCCAAAGUACUUGCAGGGCUCCAGGUUGGGUAAAUGCUGAACGCUCUUAAUUGAUUGCAUUGCGUUGCGUUGCCUCUAUAGUUUCUUCCGAGAAGCUCAGGGUGGUGUACAUGGUCUCCUUGUUUUGUUUCCAGUGAAAUACGGAUGUUGCAAACAUUUGUCCGGAUAUAAACCAGAGCCACUGUGGUGUAACGGUUAGGGUUUGGGGCAAAGACCUAGGAGAGAUCAGGGUUCGAAUCCCCCACUCAGCCAUGAAACUCACCGGCUGACCCUGGGCGCCAGUCCCCGUCUCUCAGCCUUAACCUACCUCACAGGGUUGUUGUGAGGAUGAAAUGGGAAGUUGGACAACCAUGUAAACCACCUUGAGCUCCCUGGAUGAAAAGCUGGGUUAUACUGUGAAUGGAAGGAAUAAAAACAACAAUAAUUUUAAUAAUGCUGGUGAUUCAGUUCUUUUCCUUUUCCCCUUUUUCCUUUAAUAAAAGCUGUCCAGCUUUAUACUAGCAGCAGGAGGCGUUGCUCAGCUGAGCAUGCCAACAUCUGGCAUUCAUUAACCAGGUUUUCUCCCUUCUUCUCAGUGGUUUUUAAGGUCUGCCAGAUCUCUCAGGUGGUUGGUUUCUCUGCAUUUUAA